GUCACAGGUGAAAGCGUGAAACUAAAAGUGGACGUUGUGUACAGCGUGGUAGUGUUUCUGGACUGUUGGCUGAAAACGUUGUUUUGUUCUAGUUUUACCUCAUUCAUCAGUGAUCUAAGGAUACGUAGACGUGUAGUGGUUCUCCUAAGCACAGAAACAACACAGGAAAUGUGAAUUAGUGGCGAAACAAGAAUGCCUUUCAGUAACAAGAUCAAGAAAUGGUGGCAUUACGAGCCACCCGAGCCGCCGACUUGGUGGAAAUAUAUCAUAGUGUGUUGUAACCUGGUGUUCACGUUAUUCUGCAUCGGGUUGAACUACGGCCUCUGGAAACUCGUGAGGGAGCUUGACAAAUUUUUCGACGAUUAUCAUCGCGUCAGAGAAGAAGUUGAUAUGAAAUGGAUAAUCUAUAUCAAUAUAUUCAUGUUUGGAAUAACAGCGCCAUUGGCAAGUUUCCUGGCUAAUAAAUACGGUCACCGUUUCACUGCCUUUUCUGGUGCCAUCCUGUCAACGUUUGGACUGUUAUUUGCUGGAUUCACAAAAAGUGUUGGGUUUUUGUGUUUUAGUUAUGGAAUCUUGACUGGUAUUGGAUACAGUCUUGUUCUCAUUCCUGGACUCGGACUCGUACCCAGAUACUUCCCACGAAGAUACACAUUCGCUAACGCCAUGGCCUUCCUUGGUACCAGUAUUAGCAUUUAUUUCUUCCCGCCGCUAUUUGAUGUUGUCGCCGAAACCUACGGUCGUAGAUCAGUUUUCUUCGUUUUAUCGUAUCUCAACGCUCAGAUGAUAAUUCUGACCAUGUUUUUGAGGCCACCGAAGACAAAGGAUGAUGUAGCGAGUACAGCCAGUCAGUCACCAGCUCACCAGAGUGAUGUGGCAACUGAUACUGAUCCUGAUGACCAGACAUGCUCGGAGAGCUGUAGUGAGAACUUAGAACAAAUCAAAAAAUAUUUGGAUGUGCAGUUAUUUUACGACAGUCCUCCUUUUGUCAUGAUGGUCGUCUCAAUGUUCUUCAUCAGUAUCGGUCACAACGUCGUCAUACUGAACCUAAUAAAUCAUUCUCUUGCCAUGGGUAACAGUAACACCUUUUCCGAGAGGCUUCUGAUUGUCUGCGGUGGCUGCAUGUUUCUUGGUGAGCUAGCUCAUGGCCUCUUAUCCAUUGGGUUGCAUUUCAGAGCUAGGUUGUCUAUGUACGGAUUUUCGUUGGCUGGAGUGGCAUUAGUUGCGAUACUCAGCUCAUUGCCAAGCUCCUAUUCUGGAUUUAUUAUCAUGGCGGCAUUAAUUGGGUUUCUGAGUGGUGUUUACCUUCCAUUAAUGGUGGUCAUUAUCAAACAUUUCAUCCGCGAUGGCUGGAGGCUGACCAGUGCCCUGGGUUUGGCAUUUCCUUUAUUUGGAUUAGGUGCUCUCAUUGGUUUGCCAAUCGCAGAUCUUUUGAAUGAGAGUUUUGACAAUGUGAACAGUUCAUAUUUCUUUGCUGGUGUAGCAUUAAUGGUUGGAGCACUCAUGCUAGUUUCCACGCCAUACUUACGAGAAAAGCAGCGGGAACGUCAGAACAUAACAGAGAAGGUAAUGGAGAGCGAAGAUGAAGUCGACGCUUCAAUACAGCCUCAUCUCUAUGAAGAAGUCGCAUCAUCGUCAUCUGUGAAAAGUUCACCUGCACACAAUUCAAAAUCGGAGAAAUCACCGACUCAUUCACUGGGCAGCAAAAGUCAUGACGUUGAGAAAAAAGAAACUGACAUGGCGAAUAUUGUGUAAUAAUAAACAAAUUUUUAAAUGUAUAAAAUAUGUAUUCUACUGAAAUGAAGAUGGAGGUGGAUUUUACUGAAUCUUAAUUUGAUUUGUACUACAUGUAGUAUUGCAUUGUC